AACGCCAAGGGGAAGGGCGACGCAGGCCCGGCGAAAGGGGAUUGAUUGAUCGACCGAUCCGCCCGCCCGCCCGCCGCCGAUCUCCCAAUCCGGCGCCAUGUUCAACAAGAUCAUCAAGCGCGGGGCGCGCAAGGGGGCGCGCGGCCACGACGCGGCGGCGGCCGAGCCCCGCGGCGCGGCCCCGUCCUCCUCCUCCGGCGGGGCGGCGCCCGUCACCGUCAACCACGCCUCCCGCGCCUCCGCCUCGCCCGUGCCGCCCUCGCCCACCUCGCCGCACGCCGCCGCCGCCGCCGCCCCCUCCCCCGCCCCCGCCGCGCAGCAGCCGUCGCUCCUCGAGCCGCUCCCGCUCCUCCGCGACGUGCCCGCCGGCGACCGCCCGGGGCUGCUCCUCCGCAAGCUGCGCCUCGUCGCCGCGCUCUUCGACUUCUCCGACUCCCUCAAGCACCCCCGCGAGAAGGAGGCCAAGCGCCAGGCGCUGCUGGAGCUCGUCGACUACGUGCAGGCCCCCACCGCCGCCGCCAACGCCAACGCGCCCGCUCGCCUCCCCGACGCCGUCCAGGAGGCCCUCGUCGCCGCCAUCUCCGCCAACAUAUUCCGGCCCCUGCCCCCCGCGCUCUACGAGUCCGCCGCCAACAUCGACCCCAAUGCCACCCCGGACGACGAGGAGGAGCCCUACCUCGACCCUGCCUGGCCCCACCUCCAGCUCGUCUACGAGCUCCUGCUCCGCUACGUCGUGUCCCCUGACACCGACACCAAGGUCGCCAAGCGCUACGUCGACCAUGCCUUCGUGCUCCGCCUCCUCGACCAUUUCGACUCCGAGGACCCCCGCGAGCGCGAGUACCUCAAGACCGUGCUCCACCGCAUCUACGGCAAGUUCAUGGUCCACCGCCCGUUCAUCCGCAAGGCCAUCAAUAAUGUGUUCUACCGCUUCAUCUUUGAGACCGAGCGCCACAACGGCAUUGGCGAGCUCCUUGAGAUUCUCGGCAGCAUAAUUAAUGGCUUUGCCCUGCCUAUGAAGGAGGAGCACAAGCUGUUCCUCAGCCGCGCGCUCAUCCCGCUGCACAAGCCCAAGUCCGUCGGAAUCUACCACCAGCAGCUGUCCUAUUGCAUUGUCCAGUUUGUCGAGAAGGACUACAAACUUGCCGAUGCGGUCAUCAGGGGUCUCCUCAAGUACUGGCCAGUCAUAAAUUGCCAGAAGGAGGUGCUGUUUUUGGGGGAGCUCGAGGAAGUGCUUGAGGCCACACAGCCUGCUGAGUUCCAGCGGUGCAUGGUGCCGCUGUUUAAGCAGAUAGGGCGCUGCCUUAACAGUGCCCAUUUCCAGGUUGCUGAGCGGGCUUUGUUCUUAUGGAACAAUGAUCACAUUGUAAGCUUGAUUGCCCAAAAUCGUGGUGUUAUAUUUCCAAUAAUAUUUGAAGCACUUGAGAGGAACAUACAGAGCCACUGGAAUCAAGCUGUUCAUGGCCUGACCGCAAAUGUGCGCAAGAUGUUUUUGGACAUGGAUAGUGAUCUAUUUGAUGAGUGCCACCAGCAGUACAUUGAGAAAGAAGAAAAAGCCAAAGAAUUAGAGGAGCAACGGGAAUCGGCAUGGAGACAAUUGGAAGCUGUUGCUGCCAAGGCUUCUGGGGAUGACAUGGUUUUGGUCAAAUAGCAUCCAUAUAAGUAGACAAGCAUCGUUUCAGAAGACGUUUAUGCUUGCUCAGAUGGUCGGUGCGCGCACAAUCUCGCAAGCAUCCACGCGCACCCGUCAACUCACCACCAAUGUCGGUUGCGGUGCCGGUGCUGGUGCGUUCAUCUUGUCUUUGAUGGCUUGGAUUGGAAUCUCAAGGUCAGUGUUCCUUGGGUGGAAGCUCCCAGUGGUCGUCGCUAGGUCGAAACAUGAUGGUGGUAGCAGCAGAGGCCAAUUCUUCCUAUCUAUGCGCAACGAGGCCCUGCGAUGGCACCACAGUCUUGUUGCUUUGUUCAACUCCUUUCUCUCUUCUGUUAUGAUUAUGAAUGAAUAAUCGAACCUCUGUAUUAAUCCUUCAUUGUUUGCCCUAGUUGGCUACCCGCAAUUGGGCUAGUACAAGUAGAAACCCAGUGAGCUAGAUGUAAUUUCUCUUUUCUUUUCUUCUUCUACCUUUUUUUCUUGUUCUGGGACAUUUCAAUUCAUCAUGUUGUAUGAGUAACGUCGAGAACGGAGAUAAAAAAAAACCCGCUUUAAUUUA